AUGUCCAAAGCUUCUCAACGAGAUAUUAAUAUUCGAAGUGCAAUUGGUGCAAAUUUUGCCGGGAUAGGUCAUCAAGGUCUUGUAAAACUUUGUGGUGUUUUGAAUGUACCACCUCCUAUUGAUGAUGAUCAUUUUUCUCGUACUAUUAUACAUAUACUUCCGGUAUUUGAAUCACACAAGCUCAAUUCAAUGAAAAAUGCUAUAGAAGAAGCAUGUGGUGAAUCAAAUAAACGUGAAGAAUAUGAUCAUAAUAAGCAUAGUUUAUCAUUAGGCAUUAUGAAAGCAAUUCGACCGGUGUUUGAUGAAUUAGCUCACCCUGAUGCGCUAAAGAAAGUCAUUAAUGGUGGAUCUCAAAACAACAAUGAAAGCUUCCAUGCCGUUUUAUGGAGUUUAGCACCAGAGAAUCGAUAUACCACUGGUGUGGUUAUUGAUCUAUAUGCAGCAAUUGCUGUAUUAUCAUAUAAUGAAGGUGAUCAAUCAAUUUUACCAGUUAUAGCUGAAUUAACAGGCGGUGGUUGUGGUUUUUAUACAAAAUUUGCAAUGAGAAGACUUGAUGAACGUCGUGUAUAUUCCGAGCACAAACGAAAACAAACAGAAGAAAAAACAAAAUAA